AUGAAGGUGCUGUCUGUGCUGUGGUUUCUCGUCACAGGAUUGUCGCCGUUUGUCGCUGCCGAGGAGUCUCUACUUGGAUCAGCAUGUCUGUACUCUGGCCAGCAAUUCAAUUGGGGUUGCAGCUCUCGUGAAGGUCACCACCACAGUGACUACGGUUGCUUGUGCGCAAAUAUCAAUUGGUUGCAAACAGUGACUUACUGCAUCCACAGUGGUUCAACCAACGAGCAUACUGUCGACGAUGGCCUGAAGUACAUUGCGGAAGCCUGCAUAAGAGAUGAAGUGAUAAUCACCAUGGAUCAGUUCGCAUCUUAUUACGAAAACGCAACACACUAUUUAAGGGAUUCAACACCAGAUGAUCUGGUCCACGUGGUUAACACUACUCUGAGAUCGAAUCAAACAGAUGUCAACUGGUACUACAAAAAGUUCGAACAAUACUCUCUCGAUAUUAAGCGUUCCGAGUGGUUUGGCUGGGGGUUAGUCUUCUAUUGGGUCAUGAUCAUCACGGUGGCUACUGUCCUUAACCUUAACGAGAAAUUGUUUGGUUUCAAGUGGUUGAGCACGAAGAAAAAUAACUUGUUCAAUAAGCAUAUCGUUAUACCUUCCGUGUACAAACAUUACCAUGAAAAGACAUUCUACCUGUUCAAAUUCAUCCCAUUAAACUUCCCCAACAGAUUAAACUCGAUUGUGAUAACAGUGUUUGUUAUACUGUGCAUGAUCUCUGUGGGGGUCGGGUACUGUGUAACUUUACCACACCCGUACUUCUCCUCCAGAUGGGAGGCAAACAUAACAUUAGUCAGUUACAGGACGGAUUUAAUGUCCGUCUCCAUAUUCCCCCUAAUUUAUCUAUUCGGUUUGAGGAAUAACAUAUUCCUUCCCUUAACCGGUAUCCCAUUCUCCACCUUCAAUUAUUACCAUAGGUGGUGCGCUUAUGUCUCUACCGUGCUCGCCUUCAUUCACAGUAUUAUUUGGACCGUUUACGCAAUCAAGAAUGGCGGGUUAGCAAGGUUCGAGGAGGAAGCCUAUUGGGGGUGGGGGGUAGCUGCUACCGUAUUUAUGGUCAUUCUGCUAUUCCAGAGUGAAAAGGUCCUCAGGGACUACAUGUACGAAUUCUUUCUGGUCGUGCAUAAAAUCCUGAACGUCGUAUUUAUAGUGGCCAUGAACUAUCACCUGGCACCAUUUGGAUGGAGAGGGUGGGUCUGGUCCAUGGUCGCCAUAUGGGGGUUUGACAGGGCAAUGCGUAUUGGGAGAAUAAUUGCCAAUGGCGGUGUCCUUACCGCCAACCUAAAGGAUGUGGGAAACGACGUCAUUAAGUUGACAGUCAAAAAACCAAAGUACAUGCGCUACCAUGCUGGUACAUAUGCUUACUUCUAUUUCUUGAGCAUCACGGACGCGUGGUUUUACUCCUUCCAGUCACACCCCUUCACUGUGUUGAAGGAUCCAGAGGAGGACUGCGACAAGCUGGUCAUCUAUUUCAGGGUCCACAAGGGUAUUACUCGUAAAAUAUUGGCAAGACUGAUGAAAAGUGGUCAGGACUCAAUCAGUUGUAAGAUCCUGCUCGAAGGACCAUACGGUAUGCAAAUCCCUCAGGUUGCCCAGGUGAAGAAAAACAUCGUCGGUGUUGCCGGCGGUAUUGGUAUUUCCGCAGUCUACCCACAUCUUUAUCACCAAUUGAGAAAUCAAACCUCAGAUGCUUUCCACCAUAAAUUAUAUUGGAUCAUAAACGAUUUGAACAGUCUCACGUGGUUUAAAAAGGAAUUACAAUGGUUGAGGGACAAAGGUUGCGAGGUCAUCAUUGUCUUCACUGGUGCGAAACAAGAAACUACUAUCAUUUGCACCUCCUCCACAAACUCUUUGUCCUCCAGCUGUUCUUUGGAAAAGAACCCAAUUGACGUGAAUGUCCACUAUCUGCACAAGAGACCAGAUCUAGAAGAACUGGUACAGAAAGAAAUUGGUGAAUCGGAGGCUGCAUCUAACGACGUCGCCUUUGUCAGUUGCGGCUCCAGCCCAUUUAACGACCAGUUCAGAUACACUGUAGGUAAAUGUAUCCAGAGGACAACGGCUAUCAACGUAGAACUACAGGAGGAAAGUUAUGUUUGGUAG